GGGUUUAAAGAACUGGAUUAAGCAAGUUGCAUACCUGUCAUGGAAGACAACAGUAAUAUAUUUACCUCUUUUUAGCAAGUUGCAUACCCAUGGGUGCAGAAUCCAUAUGCCAAUGUUGAGUUUCUCUAUUAGCUAGAUACCCAAUCUCUUCUUCCCCCUCUGCAUUUGGGUGAAGAUUGCACAGGUAGCCAUGAACUGCUUGCAAGAUGCUUCAAAGCCACACUUUGUAUUGGUACCAUUCAUGGCACAAGGCCACACCAUCCCCAUGAUCGACAUGGCACAUCUCCUCGCCAAACACGGCGCCAUGGUCAGCUUCAUCACCACCCCGGUCAACGCGUCGCGGAUUCAAUCCACCAUUGACAGCGCAGGAGAGCUCGACAUCCCAAUCCAGUUCGUGCCCUUCCAGCUCCCCUGUGCCCAGGUAGGACUGCCUGACGGUUGCGAGAACGUUGACAGGGUACUGGAGAAGGAUCAGGUGAAGAAGCUGACCGAUGCCUACAGCAUGCUGCACAAGCCUCUUGUGUUGUAUCUUCGUCAGCAGACUGUCCCUCCUUCCUGCAUAAUUUCAGACCUGUGUCAGCCAUGGACAGGAGAUGUUGCAAGGGAGUUUGGCAUACCAAGGUUGAUGUUCAAUGGCUUCUGCGCCUUCUCUUCGCUCUGCAGGUAUCUCAUCCAUCAAGAUAUGGUGUUUGAGAAUGUGGAUGAUGGAGAUGAACUCGUUGUCCUUCCUGGGUUCCCUCAUCAUCUUGAGGUAUCAAAGGCAAGGUCACCAGGGAACUUCAAUUCACCAGGGUUUGAGAAAUUCAGCGAGAAGAUCCUCGAUGAGGAGCGCAGAGCUGACAGUGUCAUUACCAACAGCUUCUAUGAGCUGGAGCCAUUGUAUGUGGAUGCCUAUCAGAAGAGAAUAGGCAAGAGAGUCUGGACCAUUGGACCAAUGUUCCUCUGCAAUGCUGACAGGGGCACAAUGACAGACAGGGGUGCUAAGGCAUCAGUCAAUGAGAAGCAUUGCAUGGAAUGGCUUGAUUCCAUGCAGCAUGGCUCAGUUCUUUAUGUCAGUUUUGGUAGCAUGGCCUGUACUGUGGCUUCUCAGGUUGAGGAGAUUGCACUGGGUUUGGAGGCUUCAAAGAGGCCAUUUCUUUGGGUGAUCAAAUCUGAUGAUAGGACUACUGAGAUUGAUGAAUUGCUGCCUGAAGGGUUCGAGGGGAGAACAAGAUGCAGAGGUCUCAUAAUACAAGGUUGGGCACCACAAGCCAUGAUCCUCUCCCAUCCAUCCAUUGGGGGUUUCGUGACGCACUGCGGGUGGAACUCAACAAUAGAAGGAAUAUCAGCUGGUUUGCCAAUGAUCACAUGGCCACAUUGUGCAGAGCAAUUCUUGAAUGAGGAGCUGAUAGUGAAUGUACUGAAAGUAGGGUUGGCUGUGGGUGUGCAGAGCAUAACAAACAGGACAAUGAAGCCUCAUGAAAUUUCUAUAGUGAAGAGGGAACAGAUAGAGAGAGCUGUGGUAGAACUAAUGGGCGAAGAUGCCGGCGCAAAGGAGAGAAGAACAAGAGCUAAGGAACUGAAGGAAAAGGCUAGAAAGGCUAUAGAUGAAGGUUCAUCUUACAGUAAUAUAAGGCAGCUGAUUGAAUAUAUCUCGAUCAGGGUAACAUGAACAGAUGUUUAGUGAUCUAUUCUUCCGUAUCACCUUUUCUUAGAGUAAUAGUAUUUUGACAAGAAUUGAUGUUACACAUCCAAAUCAGUUGCUUUCUUGUAUGAUGACAUAUUGGUGUACUCAGAAAGUUCCAACUUCCAACAUGCCACUCUUACAAUUGAA